CAAUUUGGGGGGGAGGGAGGACCGGAAACUGGGAAGUGUGAACCUCCCGUCGACGUUCAACGGAUAGCAUAUUUCACGGGCUGUGUGAUCGUUGGUGUUGGAUUCUAUUAUCGCGGAAAGAUCUAUAAGUUUGCCAUGGUGGAUCGGAAGCAGGAGUGGAGCAAUUUCCGACCGGGGGAGUGGCUGAAUUUAAUGGUGACAGAGCCGUACUAUCUCUCUCAUUUUCUAGCCUUCUUUUCCUAUUUAGUAAUUCGAAGCUCGGCAAAUAAUGUUCUCUUCUACAACAUUACACAUCUUCUUCUUUGCCGGGAGCUUCAAGCGAUUUUGGUGUUUCUGAUUUUCUACAUGUUUAAGACGGUGAGAAGAGAGACGCCGGAGGCCUUCAUUGCCGAUAUACUGUUGUUUGUUAAGAUUUUUCUAGUUGCUCUCGCUUCUAUGAUGGAUUAUCACCUUGCAAUUUGGUAUGUGAUCGUGUUCACAGGGAUAUAUGUUUUUACUCAACAACCUGUCUUCCAAGGAUCAGGUACCUGCAGUAAGUUAACUCCAUUGCAGCUGGAAUCCUUGCUGACUGAGGGGAACAACAAGUCAAGAUUCUGGCUGGUUGAGUUUCGUGUUUCUUUCUCAGCUGAUUGCAUACGGUCUAGUAGAUGCUUGCCUGAGCUAUCAGUUACAUAUUCAAACAAACAUCUAUCAUUUGGAGUAGUUGAUCUUGGGCUCUUUCCAAAUGUUGCUGAGAAAUUUGGAAUAUCACUUGGUGGAAGUAUGAACCAGCUUCCUACCUAUAUCUUAUUUGAGAAUGCAGCUGAGAUUGCUCGCCUUCCAGAUUUGGAUUUUGAAAUAAAAGCAUACCCUCCAAUAACCAAGCGGCUUCUCUGCAGGCAUUUUGACCUCGAUCGCCGCCUACUUGAGUACGCAUAUGGAAAAUAGGCAUCAUCAGGUUGUGCUUCAUUCAACCAAGCUUAUCUUCUUUCUCUCUUUCUCGCUUCAUGGGCUCUAUAUCCCAUAUGAGUUAGUUAGUUAUAGUAUCCUGAGAGAAUAGAAUUCGAUCAUGAUUCAUGUAUAAACUGAUGACAUUUCAGUCCUGAGUUUUGUAAUUUGUGUCUUGAGAGUUCUGUAAAGUUGUACACUUAACCGAUUUAGAACCUGAAGUAAUGCAAAUAUAUGGAAUUCCAAA